AUGCUAAUAAAUAUAUCUAUAUUACUAUAUCUACUAAAUCUAUUCACAUUGAUUAUUGCAUCAGAUUCAAAUUCUGAUUUAAAUUCAAAUUCACAUGAAAUAUCCACAAUUGAUUUAAAAAAUACAAUAAAAAUAGAAAAUAAAUUACAAGAAUUUGAUCAAUGUUCAAUACCCUCCAAACUAAUAUCAACAUCAUCAAAUCAAAUAUGUAAAUAUAUUGAAAAAAAUUGUGAUUCAAAAUAUUUUAAAAUUUCAAAAUUAUAUUAUUGUAAAUAUAAUCAUAAUUUAAAUUCAUUAAUAAUAAUAUCUGGAAUUAUAUUAUUAUCAUUAUGUUUAAUAUUAUUAUCAUUAAGUAUAUUAGUUUCAAAUUAUUUAUUUAAAAAUUUAAAUGAAUUAACUUUAAUAUUUGGUUUAAAUAAUCAAAUUUUAAGUUUUAUAUUAAUUCCUUUAACUAAUUCAUUUCCUGAUUUAAUUAAUUAUUAUAUUGUUUUAGAACUGGGUAAUUCAAAUUUAAUUAUUGGUCAAUUAAUGGGUAGUAUAUUAAUUAUGUUUACUAUAAUUAUUGGUUUUAUUUCAAUAAUGAAUAAAUCUUAUGUUGUUGAACAACCUAAAUUAUUAAUUAUUGAUUUAUCUUGGAUAUUAAUUGUUUUAAUAUUAUUUUCAUAUAUUUUAUCAGAUGGUAAAAUUACAAAAAUUGAAUGUUUAAUUAUGUCAAUUGUUUAUAUAAGUUAUAUUAUUUUUUUGAGUGUUUUUGAUAAAGAAAAAAUUAAAGAAUUUGAUGAAGAAUUGUUAAUUUCAUGUGAUGAUCAUCAACAUAUAAUUGAACAACCUUAUAAUAUUGAAGAUGCUUUAGAUAUAAUUUCAAAUGAUGAAAGACAAUAUGGUUCAAUUCAAACUAUUUCAAGAUCACCAUCUCCAAGAUCUUGUUCUCCAAUUAAUUCAAGAUCUCCAUCUCCUAUAGCAUCACCCAUUAUAUCACCAAGACCAAUAAUUGAAUCUUUAAAAUCACAAGAAAUAAUAGAACGUCAAAAUGAAUUUUUAUCUGUAAAUUAUAUUCCAAGAGAUAAAUCACCUUCAACAACUCCAUUUAUAUUAUCAAGAUCAUGUUCAUAUCAUCAUCAACAAAAACCUAAACUUUUAACAUUAAUUUUUCAAUAUAUAUGUAAUUGUAUUGAUUUUAUAUUAAUUUUUUUAAUACCAUUUCAUAGAUGUAUUGAAAAUGAAGAUUCAAAAUGGAAAUCAUAUAUACGACAUAAUAAAUUAAUGACCAUAUGGUAUUUUUUUGAAAUUCCCUUGUUAAUAAAUUAUCAAUUUUUUCAAAUUGAAUUAAAUUAUUUAAUUGUAGGUUUAAUUAUAACAUUUCCUAUAGUUUUCACUUUCAAUUUGAUAAAACAUAAUAUUAAAAUUAUUAUAAUUUCAAUAUUAGGUAUAAUAACAAGUCUUAUAGUUGUUUCAAAUAUUUCAAUUCUUAUAUUACAAAUUUUAAAAAAUUUAGGAUUAAUUUGGAAAAUUUCAGAUUAUAUCUUGGGUUUAUUAGUUUUUUCAAUAAGUAAUUCAAUAAAUGAUGUUAUUACAAAUAUAACAUUAGCAACAAAAAUUAAUCCAAUACUAGGUAUAAAUUCUUGUUUAGGUACUCCUUUAUUAAUUAUAUUAUUAGGUAUUGGAUUUAAUGGUUUUUUAGUUAUUCAACAAAGUAGUAGUCAUAAAUCAAUUAAAUUCGAUUUAAAACCAAGUGUUAUAUUAAGUACAACUUCAUUAAUUGUUACUAUUGUUUUUAUUUUAAUUUAUUUACCUUCAAAUAAAUGGACUUUUGAUAGAAAAUUGGGGAUUGGAUUAGUUGGUUGGUAUUUUUUAAUUGCUUUUACUAAUUUAUAUUUAGAAUAA